AUGGCAGAACUUCCGAAAACACCGACUAAAGCAGCAACCCGGGUUUGUCGAACCUGCAACGAAAACAUAGUUGUGAAGAAUCAUCCUUUAGAUUUAUUUGGUGCAAAGGCAUCACAAGAAAACAUUCCUUCGGUUCUGGAAAGGUUCUUUGAGUUAAAAGUUGCGUUAAACGAUGGUCUCCCGUCAUAUAUCUGUAGAUGUUGUUACCAUAAAGUGGUGAAGUUCCAGGAAUUUUUUAGAAAAAUAGCGUUUUCGAAGCAACAACAAGAGUCAGUUUUACGUGUCAAAAGAGGGAAAACAACGGCAGAGAGUCCAUCGGGAAGAUCCCCGCAAACGAGACGUGACCUAAAGAAGAGCAGAACUUACGAAGACGCACCUGCUACAGAGCCCCAUAGCAGAUCGCUUUUUCAGAUGCACAUGGACAAACCUUCGAAAACUCAACCACGGCCAAUACUUCCUGCACCUUCAUCAGAACGCGACGGGAAAAAACGAAAACCUGCAAAGAGAGUUAAAUCCUCAACAGAGCCCUCAACGCUAUCAAAACAAGAAGAAAUCCUCUCUGAGUCUGGUUUGCUGAACUCAUUGGUAUUUUAUAUUCGCUAAAUUCAAUACCUGUACACCAUUACAUAUAAAGUUAGAUUAGUUCUUUGCUGCUAGGCCCUUCAAGCUGUGAUAUCAAAAUUAACAUUUUCCUUACUGUUUUUCCAACGUGUUUAAUGUUCUCAAGCUGAGAAGCAAUAUUUGCCAUGGUAUAUAUACCGUAUAUAAUUUUUUUCUCACAUGCAUGAUACGUGAUACAUGAUACUGAUACAUGCAAGGUGAGGAGAAAUUGCAUCCUGAUCUCUGUACGAGACUACAAAAUAAUAUACCCUAAUUUUUAAUCAAGCUUAUGUCAUGCUAAGUGUCUUACAUUAGCUGUCAAAGAGAUACUUAUCUGUAUUUAUAAAGCAAUUAUAAUAUAGAUUAUUAGCUUGAAUUAUAAUAAAUAAUAUAAAAAAAUGCUUGUUGGGUUGUACUUAAAUGUUUUUUUUUUCUCUCUUGUAUAAUCUAAUUGCAUAAUGGUUGAGUUGUUGAGUUUCAGAUGACCUUAAUUUAGAGACCAUCCUGUUGUGUUUGAAGUAAACAUUCAAGCCAAAAAUGUAAGUAACCAGUAAGCUUUACUUUUCUUUUUUAAUCAAGUAAAAAGUGGUAUCAAAUUAUGUGUAAUACAUUCCUUAUAGAUAAAGACAAUAAACAGUUACUGAAUGUCUGUAAUUUUAUUGAACUCAAUCUUGACUGCCCUUCACCCAAAAAGAAACUAACUAAAUAAAUAAAUGAUAAAAUUAAUAGAGAAAUUAACUUUAAUAUAUUUUUCUUUCUGGCUUUUUAAAAUUUAUAUUAGCUCAAAGAUGAGCCACUUUUGGAGGAAGGAACCAAAACUGUUGACACGUUGGCCACACUGAUGUUGACUGGAUGCACAACCCAUCAGAUUGCUGAGAUAAUCAUGCAAUGCCGACCUUUAAGAAAUGCAGUUAAGUGUUUGUUCUUGAACGAUGUGGAUGAACAGUGUCAGAAACUUUGCAACAGGAGUGCAGAGAAUUCAUCUGUACUUCGUACUCCACCUUCCAAGCAUAAGGUAAUUACAAGGGUAAUUACUAACAACCUUAUGGUUAAGGGCUAGUGUAGAAAGUAAAAUGCACUCAGGUAUUGUAAUUUUUUUAUAACCAAUAAAAUUUAAAAUUCACUUGAAAUUGGAAUUUAAUCAAAAUAAUCUUUUGGAACCCCGAAAUAAAAAAUAAAUAAAUUAUGAUGCAUUUUUUAAUUAAGGGAAAUAACAUGAUAACAUACAAAUGUAUAAUUCUAUGUUCUAGAAAAAACUGACUGUUAAUCUAAUUCAAAUUGAUUUCUAAAUAGGAGUUGAAGAAUUUCUCCUGGGAAAAGGUUAUCACAGAAAUGAAGGAGCGUGUCCCUGAUGUACUGGAUGUCCUAGCUGCUGUAGCAAUUCCAAAUGUCACAGCUCAUGAAGACAGUGCAAAGCAGAUUGCCCCACUUUGUACUGCAUAUGGCAUACUAAUGUUUACCCGGUGGAAAGAACUAAGCUUGAUACAGAAGAUGAACAGUAUAUUGCUCAGUACUGGACAUGCUACUGAAAGGGUAUUUAAUGUAUCACAAUUAACUCUGCUUUCAUGUGCAUUAUUGCAGCCAUACCGGGGCUUUAAGGAGCAUUAUAGUUUAUUUUUGAUUGGUUACAUUUUAUCUGUAGUGAAUCUUGCCAAAGACAAAUGCAGAUCUGGUAAUUUGUAUUUUAAUAUUCUGCAGACAAUGAAGAGGCUUAACAGAGCAGGUGUAACAAUGACCAGGGAAACCUACAGGGGCAUCAUGGAUGACAUUGGGUCUGACUUAACAGGUAAAUGAACGUAUUAAAUAUGUUAAAUAAUAAUAAUUAACCCUCUUGAAUUUACAUGUUACUGGUUUUUCAUUAUUUACUAUAUGCUAGUAAGUCAGUCUUAAAUUGGAAAAUAAAGUAAACAAUUUGAAUACAUGUUUUACUUUUAAGAAACUCUGGAACAAUUCAAAAAAAAUCUGUAAUUAAAAUGUAUUGUGUGUUAAAAAGGAGAGAAUCUGUCAAGUGGCAAGGAUGAGUCCUUAAAGAACAGUUAAUAAUGAAACUUAUUUUCUUCCUUUUUAAUAUUUCAAUCUAGGUCUAUACAAUUAUGCAUAGAACUUCAUAAGCUGUCUAAAAGAAGUUCAAUUAAAACGCUUUGCUCUUCAUUUUUUAAAUUAACAGUCACUAUAAGAAGGCAUGUGUCAGCUGGAUGUGUACCCAGGUUAUUCUUUGAUAAUCUGGACUUCAAGGUAUUGGUUAACAUCAUACUGCAGAAUCACCGCCACUCAGAUAUGCAUUGGAUUGCUCAUUAUGUAACAUUCGACAGAGUACCCUCUGAUCACCUUGAUGAUUCCAAACCUAUAUCUGAUGGCACACGAUUUGAGAAUAUUGAGUACCUUCUGUGUCAAAGUGAACUUGAGAAGUUGCGAAGUGAUUUCAUCGUCUUAGUGGCCCGUAUUCUUGCUGAAUUCUUUGAAUUCAUGGAGCCUCUCAAAUCUGCCAUACCAAAGCAUAUCCAACACAGGUAGGAUAACUAUAAAUUAAUUAUGAUAUGCUAUACAUGUAUUUAGUUUAAAACAAGCCAAACAAGCCCAAAAAGGUUAUACAAUCCCACACUGGUCUGCCGUCUUACUCUUGGCCAUAGACAUCUUUGAUUUCCCUUUGUUCCUCAAGCAUAAAAAGGAAAUGGUCAAGACAAUGCCUUGCAGUUUUAAUAUAUAUAGAUUUAGCCAGGGCUAAAAGCGAAGCUCUAGUUAAUAAUAAUACUUGACGUAAACAAAAAAAAAUUAAAUCAUGUAAUGCUAAAUGGGGAGGGCAAUGAAAAUGGCAUCAAGAUCAAUAGAUCUAAUUAGCAAAGAAACACUUUUUUUCUAAUUAGCAAAAACACAAAUUUGCACAUGCAGCACACAUUUUGGCUUUCUUUGCCAUUGUUUUGCACAACUACAAUGCUGUUUUGUAGGACUAAAACGUCAAACUUCCUAGUUACACAUUAUUUUAUGGAGAAAUUGUCAUAUAAUAUGUGCUUACCCAAUAUUUUGUCUCCUGUGUUCAUGCAUGAUUGCUUUUAUUUUUCACUGCCACUCAUUUUCACCUUGCUGGCUGCUAGCAUUUCUCAUUCUCACAACCACUUUGAAUUUUCAUGUUUUCCUUCCUACAAAAUUUGUCUCUUUUGUUUUCAAUCACUCGCUGUAGCUCUUUCUCUGUUAUCCACAUGAGUGUAAACAUCAAAAAUAACGUCGAAAAAGACACCACUUUUUGUUGUUGUUUUUUCUUUCUAAAAGUCCGGGCAGUCAUGCGAUUCUUUCCAAAUAAAACCUUGAGUUGCAUUUGGGUUGCCAUACCUGUUGAUUGAAUUAUUUUAAAUUGACAUGCCUGUGGUGCGGACGGAUGGUUGGUCGGUCAGUCGGUGUAUGGUCAUGUUUUUUUGAAUGGGUAGUUUACCACAUUUUUUUACGCAUGGUGUUCCGCUGCGCGCGCUUCACGCAUGCGAGAGCUCCAAUAUCAAGUUUCUUGGUACGUAGACUAUACUUAAUUAAUUUGCUCCUUUAAUGAUGGUAUACAAGAGUUUGUCAUUUGCUAGGUGUGGUCUAUUUGUUAUUUAUUUGAGAUAAGAUAAUGAUAUUUAACUUAAAUUAAAAGAGCUUUGGUAUAUUGUGUUCAGGUACUCUGAAUUCAUGAACAAAAAGUCUGUCAUUAUUGGACUACCAGUGGUACCUUACAAUCAAUCCAAGCAUGCAGAUGUUUGCCAAUAUCUUGAAUAUGUUCAAAAGCUACUGGUUGAUAUCUACAAGCCACAGGUAAUUAAUCAUUAUUUAUUAAUUUUUUCAAAGUCAAAUCAUAAAUUACAGGAUACAAGAUGGAAAAUCAUCAAAUGUCACCACAAGGACUUCAAUGCUGGGUCAUAUAUCAUUAAAAUUCAAAAAAUAUAAAUGGCAAACAUAUGCCUUUCAUUCCCUGAUCAAGCUAUUAAAAUAUAGUCGCUGAGUAUUGAAAGAGCAUAACAAUUUCACUUGUCUUUGAACAUUUGAACCUGAUGUACCAAAUAGUUUUGGAGAAAAACUUGAAAUUUUGCAAGGAAUGUAUGAGCUCAUAGUGUUUUGCCACCCAGAAAUUUUGCAGUUUUUGAUGGCUAUUUCCUUUGUUACGUAUGAUUGCAAAGAGCUGAAAAUUGCACAAACUGCUCAGAAUAUCUAGCUCUUUCAACUUUUGAACCAAGCUUUUACAUACACUGACAUUUUCUAUGGGUAAACUCUCAUGCUAAUGAGCAAAAAUGCAAAUAAUGAUGUCAGCAAAGAUUCGCGAAUUGUUCUUAACAGAACCAAGACAUGCCAGUUAAUGCAGAUGAAGUGCUCAAGAAUGUUAAAGUGCCACUGGGAGGAGACCUCCUUGGACGAGAAAGAAUUACUGGGGCCAAAAAGACUAGACUUGGGUGUGACAGUGCAGCAGAGAGAUUUGAAAGUAUUGUUGAGACACCUGCACUUUGGCAUGCAAAACAAUCCUUUCUAGGGGUUAGUUUUUUAAUUAUUACAUAAUCUGAUUAUUCUUUAUUUUAACCAUUGUCUUUUGCUUUUUUUUUUCUGGUUUUGCCUAUGUUUGGUAAAAAGAUACUUAACUUAAUGACUAAGUAACUUUAUUCCCAAUCAAAAAUGAAAAUAGCAGGAUGGGUCCAAGGGACAGCUAUUCAAAAUAUUUAAAAAAUAUUUCUUUAUCUUCAAUUAUCUGCUCAGAAUGCAUGCAGGUGGUACUCUUUCAAGAUUUAAAUAAUUUGCUUUUAACACAAUCUCAUUUCCAGAGGCCAAGGCAGCACUUUUUCCUUAGUUAUAUGUCGAAUCUGAGCAUUAGCGUGGUAGAGGUUUGAACUCACAACCUCCCACUUGACAAGCUGGCAGUCUUCCAGCUAUGCAAGGUCCAAGGUUUUCCAUGUCCAAAAUUGAAUUGUCAUUAAGGUCAAAAAACAUUUUCACCCUAAAUUAAAAUCUCUAUAAUUUAAAAACUAAAGAAAUUCAACAUGCAGUCUAGGUUGAAAGCAACCUGAAUUUCCUUUCAACUAUAUAACAACAGAUAUUAGUCAGACAGAGUUCACAUAUAAAUCAAGUAGACAAUUAAUAAACAUUGCUUAUUCUUUUUAUAGUAUAUCUGGGAGCAACUUUACAAGCCAACUCCUACAAGUGGUAGAAGAGACAUUGGCACCUUGUAUUACUUUAGGCAAAAUUUUGGACUUGUUAAUGUGCCACCAAGGGUUCAAGACAACUACUCAAGUUGUGAGUCACUGAUGUUGUCGGCAACAAAGGGUUACAUUUGUGCAGCAUUCAUGGCAUGGGCAGGGACAACAGACACUGCUACCUCUCCAUCAUGGGUAAGCUCUAUUGCAAAGGAGAGAAAUUCAGCAGUCCAGUGGGAAAGCCUGCAAAUUCAAAUUGGCAAGUUUGUUGAUGAGUACGUGUUGACAGAGUUUGAUAUUGAAAGAGCCUGGCAGGAGCAGCUAGAACAACAAUGCCAACAGAAAGAAAACCAAAGGAGAUCUGCUGGCAAUGAUGAUGAGAUGACUGCAAUUUCAUUCCUUGCUCAGCAACCAUACUCUUCUGGUAUGUCUAUAAACAAUACUUUAACAUACAGUACAAUGCUAUGUGUGUGAAAAUGAAGUAUUAAACUACAUUAUUUCUAUUAAAAUUUUCAAAUAUUGGUAUAAGGCACCAGGGUGCAAAGAAAGUCAGUUUUGUGGUUUGCCAUUCAGGCAAGCUGUAGUUAAAUAGAACAUGUACUUGCCCAAGAGUCAUUUUUUAAUAUAACUAUAGCCCAAAAAAUAUAUUUUGAUGAGCAGGAUCGAUCGACUGAUAACAGUUCUGUAAUUUGAAUUCUCCUAAAAAUUUCACUUGCCCAUCAGGCAAGUUAAGAAAAGAAUUCACUUGCCCGAUAGCAAAAUCCACGAGCCAUGGGCUAUCAAAAGCGACUUUCUUUGCACGUUGGGCACCCCUAGUUAUUAUUAAGCUCUGUUAGUAAGAAUAAUAAUUACGACUAUUUUUCUGUCUUUAUAAAAUACAGCUCUGAUCUUGUAAAUGGACAGCUCACCUCAAAAUCUACUUCACUGGACUGGAUUAGUCAAGCGAAAAUAGUGUUUUGCAAUGUUAUUUAUAAGUCAAGUAAAAUUCAUAUUUUUAUGGUCAUUAUUCCAUGAGGUUCUGUUGUCAUUUUGCUGCAAAAAUCUGAAGAUUACAAAGUUCUAGCAGUUGGAAAAGUUGUUGAAGUUGAUGCCCAUAUUUCUGUGCCAGAGAAGCAUGUUCCUGUCUUUGUAGCAUCCAUUGAGGAAUGUGCCUCUGCUAUACUUGCACCUGGCAAUGUUGUGUUUUGGCCCACAGAUCUGCUUGCAGUGUACAGGUCUCCAACAAUGGGAACUGUAGAAACAUCACAGACAUCCAAUAGUAACCUCAACAGUAACAUUUCUGACAUCCCUCCUGGCAGUGAGGAAGAUCGCUAUCUCAAUUAUGGGUUGCAGGUAAUUCAACUGGGAAUGAUGCUCAUGCAGCUUAAUGAUACAGAGGGUGAGGGAGAUGGAGAGCGCAGCCUAAGUAACUGGAAGAUGCUUCUGUUGUAUUUUAGAAGUAGGCCAAGAGGGAAAAAAUAUGCCUUUGAGGCAAUGCGAUUCAUAACUUGUGUCAAGGGUUUAUACACAGAGAAGAUUGCCCAUAGAGUGUUACAUGGCCAGUUUGUAAAUCCAAAGGGAGGAGAAGGAUCCAAUUACGCAAAUGAUUUAAAAAUGGAACACCUGGUUGGAGACAACAAGGUCUCUCUUAGGGGACUGUGUGGAAACAAAACGCUGAAAGCUGUCCAAAGAUGUUCUGCUGCAGCAUAUGGUCUUAAAGAAUGUUGCACCCAGUAUGAUGAUGAGUGUGGCAUACACCCAGAGUCAACCAAGCACACUCAUGCUUGUACCACGCAAGAUGUCAAAGCAAUGUUAACUAUUGUGCAACAGGCUAGACCUUUUCAGUACCAAAAAGGUAGAACACUUCAAUCAUUGCCAAAUCUAACAAAGAGUCCUCUUGACCAGUUGGAUGUAGAACUGCUUAACACCUGGCUGACAAACCACAAGCGCAAGCUUUUUUCUGGUGUCCAUGACUGCAAUGAGGAAGACAAUGAGGAGGAGAGUGAAUUGAAUGAUGGUGAUGAAGAGACACCAGAAGAAGAUGAUGUGGAUGAUUAA